AUGCCUGCCACAAAAGAAGGUCGCGUCACCAAAUCCAAGCGAGCUCAACGGUCCUCGGGAUCUCCCGCGAGACGCGUCUCGAGUGUCGCCAAAAGCCUACCACUGGUAGAGCGAACGAAUGCGCUCGCGAUCGGAGACUUUAUCUCUCAAUAUGUGCCCUCGCUAGACGUGAUGCGUCUUCAAGGCAAGGGGGCGGACCAUGCCGAGUCGACCGCGGACAAAGACUCAAGGGAGCGUGAGAACAACAUUCAGCUUGACGUAUACUCGACCGCGACACUCUCUGGCGAGGAUCUAGAAGCAUGCCUCGAUCUCGUCGAACUCACCUCCCGCGAAGAUUACUCGACCUCGAGUGCUGGCUGGUCUCGCUCGAAAAAGCGCAAGGAGAUGAAAUUGCCCGAAAUGAAGUAUCUGAUUCUUCGCAAUACCACUGAAAAGGCAGAGUUGUCGGGCCAGAGACAAUGUGAGCCUCCGGGUGAAAACAAACUUGAGAACGAGGAAGACACAAAAUCGAAGAUUCUUGGGUUCCUGUCAUGCAUGGUAACGUACGAGGACGGCAGAGAAGUGAUGUACUGCUACGAGAUUCACCUAUCCCAUGAAGCCCGCGGUCGGGGAUUGGGGGGCAUGUUGAUGAUACAGAUGGAGGAGAUUGGGAGACGAAUUGGCUUAGAAAAGUGCAUGUUGACUGUGUUCCGGUCGAAUACAAGAGCACGGGAAUUUUAUGAAAAGGGCGGGUACCAGGUGGAUGAGUACUCUCCCCAACCUCGAAGGUUGCGAAAUGGGACGAUUAAAGAGGCCGAUUAUCUCAUCUUAUCCAAACGAUUACUGCCGUGA